AGCUUUGCAGGACAGAACUUUGCGAUCUCGCAAAAUCCCGAUCUCCUUCCUUUGCCAGCCGUCUUCUUCUUCCAUUUCUCCACACCCAUUUUUCUCAGACACACCAUGUUCUCGCGGGCUGUCCGGUUAUCGCGGGCAGCGCCCGUCCGCGCUGCUCCGCGCCUUCAAACAGCUUCAAUUGCCGCCCGGAGGACCGUCACAACCAAUGCGGCGUCGGCGCAGGUCGACAAGAGCUCUAUCCCACAGUCCGACGAUGAGCCUUUCCAGGUCAGGCUCAGCGAUGAGAGCUUCGAGACCUACGAGCUCGACCCGCCACCGUACACGCUCGAGGUGACCAAGAAGCAGCUCAAGCAGAUGUACUACGACAUGGUCGUCGUCAGGCAAAUGGAGAUGGCUGCCGACAGGCUAUACAAGGAGAAGAAGAUCCGCGGUUUCUGCCACCUUUCUACCGGCCAGGAGGCCGUCGCCGUCGGCAUCGAGCACGCCAUCGAGAAGAGCGACGAUGUCAUCACGUCGUACCGGUGCCACGGCUUCGCCUACAUGCGUGGCGGCACCGUCCGCUCCAUCAUCGGCGAGCUGCUCGGCCGCCGCGAGGGUAUCGCGUACGGCAAGGGCGGCUCCAUGCACAUGUUCACCAAGGGCUUCUACGGCGGCAACGGUAUCGUCGGCGCCCAGGUGCCCGUUGGUGCCGGUCUGGCCUUUGCCCAUAAGUACACUGGCGGCAAGAAGGCUAGCAUCAUCCUCUACGGUGACGGUGCCAGCAACCAGGGCCAGGUCUUUGAGGCCUUCAACAUGGCUAAGCUCUGGAAGCUCCCCGCUCUCUUCGGCUGCGAAAACAACAAGUAUGGAAUGGGAACAUCUGCGGCUCGCUCGUCGGCCCUGACGGACUACUACAAGCGCGGACAGUACAUUCCCGGCCUGAAAGUCAACGGCAUGGACGUUCUCGCCGUGAAGGCUGCUGUCCAAUACGGCAAGCAGUGGGCUGUUGAGGACAACGGCCCCCUCGUCCUCGAGUAUGUCACGUACCGGUACGGCGGUCACUCCAUGUCCGACCCCGGCACCACGUACCGCACCCGUGAGGAGAUCCAGCGCAUGCGGUCGACCAACGACCCCAUUGCCGGUCUGAAGCAGCACAUUCUGGACUGGGGCGUCGCCCAGGAGGACGAGCUCAAGGGCCUUGACAAGGAGGCGCGCAAUCACGUCAACGAGGAGGUCGCGGCUGCCGAGGCCAUGGCGCCGCCCGAGCCGACGCCCAAGAUCCUGUUUGAGGAUAUCUACGUCCGUGGCACCGAGCCGCAGUUCAUCCGGGGUCGGACGCCGGACGAGAACUUCUACUUCAACUAAGAGAGCUUGUGUGCUAAACUGGGUCUUAAUGAAUGGGACAACCUCACUAAGGAGAACGCAUCCAGGCGGGGACUGCAAGGCUCCAAACGUCAGCGAGUUUCCUCUUGUAUAUUUAUCCUAAUUUGCGAUAGAGCCUGGGAACGUCCUGAAAUUAAGAUUCGGUAUAGGGGAAGCUCGGAGUCUACAGUCGACAUCUUCCCUACACUAUGACAUGAUUUAUCUGUUAAGAUCAUCAGCUCCUGCUGAACACAGGUUUCUCUUCUGAAUGAGUGAGCAGUCUGCGGUGAUGACUGAUACUAAGAGUAAUAUUUGGCGAUAUAAAGGUGAGAGAGGCAGUUGGAUCCUCUCGCGCUAAAUUAACG